UUUCCAUGUCGGCUUCGCUUCAUUUCUCCUUCGUCGUCCUCCUCUCGUCUGCAACUGAGAAUUCAUAAUAUCUGAGAACUUUGUCUCGAUCUCCAAGUAGUCUCGUUGGAUUUUAAUGGAGAAAGACAAGCCUGCAGCUGCUUCCGCGAAGGGAAUAACCAAUUCAUUGAAGAAUCUCGAUUUGAGUCCCAAUUAUAACCCCAAAUAUACCGCUACUAUCCCCAAAUUGGCUUGUAAGAGGACAAGGACAAAACCUCCUAGUUUGAGCAGCUUGUGUCUUGGUGUCAUUGGCAGGCAUUUAGAGGAUAUAAUUCCAGAGUUGGGUGGCAUUGCUGUCAGCUUUCCGGCAGAUAUUAAGAUGGCAGGGCAUAUGUAUAAACUGACAAUGCAACCUAAGAUGCAUUCAAGGGGGCAGAGCACUCAGUGUCCUUGGAUGUUAACCAUGGCAAUGGCAGCAAUUGCCAGGAGAAGAAAGUUGCUAAAUGAUGAUGUCAUCAUCUCUUUAGCUGAUAGUGCAUGGGGAGUUCUUGACAUAUCUGGUUCAGAUGUUUCUGAUUCUGGUUUAGCAGAAGUAGCCGGUGUAUGCACACAUCUUCGAGCUGUGGACAUAAGCCGAUGCAAGAACAUUACUGCUGUUGGCGUCUCUGAACUUGUGCAAAACUGCAAGUCAUUGGAAACAUUGAGAUGCGGAGGGUGCCCAAGGAGUGACUUCACUGCACGUAGAUGCUUGGGUAUAUUCAAACCAAAGCUGAAUGAUGUGAAGGGAGAUUCCUGGGAAGAACUUGAUAUGGCUGAAAUUGGACAUAGUGCAGAAUCCCUGCGCUGGCUUGUGUGGCCAAAGAUCGACAAAGAUUCGUUGGAGACAUUGGCAACCGAAUGCCCACGCAUUUCUGUAAAUCCCAAAGCAUCCCCCUUUGGUUUUAGGGGGGCUGAAGUUCCCAUAGAAGUCUCACAAGAUAUUGCACUUGAUGAUCGCUGUGUCGAGGAUGUUGAUCCCCAAACGUGGGCAGUCAGUGGCUUUACACUAAAAACCACGUCUCCUUCUCUCUCAAGUCCCACUGAAUUGUCUCUGGCUGAAAAAUUCAGACUUGCCUUUGUAGAGAGGGAUACACGCCUAGCACCAAAGCGAGCUAAGAAUGCAAGGCAGCAUCAACGACGAGCGGAGAGGGAGUGGAGAAUGACAAAUACAGAGGCCAAGGCAAUUGCUCUUGCUGCAAAAGCAUCCAAAUCUUUACAAAGCAGGAACUAGCUGCUGUUGUAGUCAAUUAUUCAAAUGACUGGGAAGUGAAAGGUUUUAAUUAUUUUUCUGAUAUUUUGUUUUUGUAAAUUUAAACACCCAUGAAAUUGGUUCAAUGUGAUGGAGGCACAAGGGCUUUGCUUUUGGCUUA